CCAAGAUUCAAAAUACAUUAAACUCCCUCAAACUCAAUCGUGGACUAACCCCCCGUACGUUUUUAGGUUACUUUCUUUUUCCCUUCUGUCGAAGGAUUUUUUUCUUCUUCUUCGCAGAACCACUCGGAGGUUUAAUGGCGGCUCAUAAUUAGGGUUUAUAUACCAUCAGGAGAUACUAUUUAUUGGUCUUCUGAGAUUUAUUUAUUUGUAAGAGUCGAGCUUGGAACAACUGCUAUCGAAGAUUUGGCUGCGACAGAUUUUGUAAGUUCGCCGUUCUGGGUUUUAUCACUUCUUUGGUUUAUUGACUUGCGGCGAUCUAAUUCCACAUCAGGAAGUUAUUCACAUUGCUCUGUAAUACAGAGUCUGUAUGUUUUGAGCUGUAAAACCUGCUUCUAGCAGUACCUGGCGUUUUUGAUGUUCUAGUUUUGCAAUUAGAUACAAAUGGCUGGCUUCUUGCCUGGGGAUCCUUCGCUUCACGGAAUGAUGGAAAGUGGCCCAUAUAACCUUCCCCAGGAUAGGCAAGAGGAAGGCGGUGGGCGGUGGUAUCUAUCUAGGAAAGAAAUUGAAGAAAACUCUCCAUCAAGGACUGACGGAAUUGAUUUAAAGAAAGAGACAUAUCUGCGCAAGUCAUACUGUACAUUUCUACAGGAUUUAGGGAUGCGACUGAAAGUGCCCCAGGUAACUAUAGCUACAGCUAUAAUAUUUUGUCAUCGCUUUUUCCUUCGCCAGUCUCACUUAAAGAAUGAUAGAAGGACCAUCGCAACGGUGUGCAUGUUUCUAGCAGGGAAGGUUGAAGAAACUCCUCGACCGCUCAAAGACGUUAUCCUCGUCUCCUAUGAGAUCAUGCAUAAAAAGGAUCCUGCUGCUGUUCAAAGAAUCAAGCAGAAGGAAGUGUAUGAACAACAGAAAGAACUGAUCUUAAUUGGAGAAAGGGUUGUACUUGCGACACUUGGUUUUGACUUUAAUGUGAACCACCCUUAUAAACCUCUUGUAGAAGCUAUCAAGAAAUUUAAAGUUGCUCAGAAUGCGCUUGCCCAAGUUGCAUGGAAUUUUGUGAAUGACGGGCUGCGGACAUCACUAUGCCUUCAGUUUAAGCCCCACCAUAUUGCAGCUGGUGCUAUCUUUCUUGCAGCCAAGUUCCUUAAAGUAAAGUUACCGUCAGAUGGUGAGAAAGUUUGGUGGCAAGAAUUUGAUGUCACCCCACGCCAGUUGGAAGAAGUAAGCAAUCAAAUGUUAGAAUUAUAUGAGCAAAAUCGAAUGCCACCUUCCCAUGGGAGCGAAAUGGAGGGAAGUGCUGAUGGUGGGGUUAGUCAUCGACCCCCAACAAAAACACACUCCGCCAGCGAAGAACUAGCUUCAGUAAAUGGUCAUAUGCAAGCUACUGGGGUAUCUACAGCAAAGUCAGGAGCAGUGCCAACAAAUCGACCAGCAUCUGACCACUCAUAUGUCGAUAAUGAUUCUGAUCCUGGGAGGAAUUCACAAAAUCCAGGUAGUGACCAUGGCAGUGACGUGAGAAGUGCUGUUUCAGACCAUAAAGUGGACGGUGAUGUAAAGGAUCAUCGACUGCUUGAACGGGAAAGUGUAGGGGAGGCUAUAAACAGAUCACGACAAGCAGAAGAUCAAGAAAGGAGUAUUAAGGUCAAUGCUGAAACAAUGGAAGCAGGGGAGUGGAAAAAUGAUGAUACACAAUACAAGAGUAGUAGAGUUUUGAGCAAGGAAAGUGGUCAUCCUCUAGGCCAGUCACCACAGGAUGCCAUCAAAAAGAUUGACAAGGACAAACUGAAAGCAGCUAUGGAGAAACGGAAGAAAUUACGCGGAGAUGUUGCACGUAAGAUGGACUUAACUGAUGAGGAUGAUCUGAUUGAGAGAGAGUUGGAAGACGGUGUUGAGUUGGCUGUUGAGGAUGACAAAAUCAAACGGGAGAGGAGGCAAAGCUGGCUUAAACCUUCCACGAAUAGGUCUGACCUUGAAAACCCUAGUUAUGGGCAUGAUCAGCAUCACGAGGAUAUUGGAGAUGGCCAGUCGUCGCAUGUGCAUGACACUGAGAACGUUGAGGAAGGAGAAUUCUCUCAGUUAGAAUCUCCAAGAUCUAACAACAACAGGAAGAGAAAGGCAGGAAGCAGCCCACUGCCAAACAAGCAUCAGUUGGACGGAAAACAGCAACGCCAUGAUUACAAUGGGCCAAGCUACCACCAUAGUCACACUGAAAGGGACCACAAAAGACAAGGGAAAGAUCACUGAGAAACUUUUCAUAUCUAUUUUAUGUGUGAAAAUGAGUGACAUUUUAAGCUGUAUGAACCUUAUGCUUUGCUGUUCAUGUUUAACCGACUCUCAGAUGAGGUUCAAAGUGGUGGAGCGUAGAGUCUGUUUUGAGAAUGAUCUCCGCGAAUACUCAAAACCCUUGGUGUCCUUGCUUAGAAGGGCGUACAAGGAGGGACUCAAAAAGCAGUGUAAAAGUAAGCCGAGUAACAAAGGGGCUGUUAAGUUAUAUAAUAAGAAUUAGAAAAGCACCAGCAAUAUAACUUAUUCAUUGAGUGUAAUCUGAUUCUUUUCUAUUAUUUGCAUCAGUACAAGACUGUUAGCAAAUUCUGA